AUGAGUGAACUCACAUCUCGCUUAAACUUAAUUCUUCAACGUAUCAGCGAAUUGCACCCUCAUACUCGUCGUCCUGUUCGUCUAGUUGCCAUAUCCAAGACUAAACCCGUUGAAGAUAUCGUUGAACUCUACCAAGCUGGUCAACGUUACUUUGGAGAAAAUUAUGCCGAAGAAUUGGAGAAGAAAUCCAAUGAUAAACUCAUUCGUACUCAUUGUCCCGAUAUACGCUGGCAUUUUGUUGGGCAUUUACAACGAAAAAAGGUUCCACGAUUUUUAACACGUGUUGCCAAUCUCGACUGCAUUCAAACAGUCGAUUCCAUUGAACUUGCCGAGCGUUUGAACUUCAUUCUUCAACAAAACGCACGGAAGUUAAAUGUGCUGAUACAGAUUAACACUAGUAAUGAAAAACAAAAGUAUGGAAUUGAACCAAAACAGUUUCUAUCGUUAUACAAUUUCAUCGAAAAGAAUUGUCCAACAUUGAAUUGUCAAGGUUUGAUGACCAUUGGUUCGAUGAGUAAUGUGCAAAGUGAGAAUGAUCAAGAUUUUCAAGUAUUGAUUCAGUGUCGGAAAGAUUUGUGUGAAAAGUCAAAUCGUACUUUCGACGACGUUGAACUAUCGAUGGGUAUGUCACAUGAUUACGAAAGAGCGAUUCAAGCUGGAAGUACCAUUGUUCGCGUCGGUAGUUCAAUUUUUGGUGCACGUCGUUAG